AUGAGAGAAAAGUACGAAGAGAGAAAUUGGUGACAUCAAAGAGAUUCCGUCACAGUGAAUGUGAAGAGGACUCACUUGAUGGAGAAACUGGAGAAGAACAGAGAGAUGAGGUCACUGAUGAACAGGUCUUGAAUUCAACCAAUGCUUUAAUCAACAAGGAACCAGAAAAACUUGCAGCUCUUCAGAAUUUACGCAGAGCAUUUGUUCAAGGCUCAUCUUUCAUUGAUAUCUUCUUUGGACAGGAAAAUGCAUUAACCAGUUUAGUUGGAGUAUUAACUGGGAAUGAUACAGAAUUACAGUUAGAAAGUGUCUGGUGUAUAACCAAUAUCGCUGCUGGGGGGUCAAAUGAACAGGCUCUAUCAGUAGUCAAAUCAGCAGCACCAUAUCUUAUAACUUAUCUUAGUAGUAGCAGCACUGAUCUUCAGGAUCAAUGUGCAUGGGCUAUAGGUAAUCUAGCAGGAGACAGUGCUGAUUGUAGAAAAUUGCUCAGUUCACAAGGCUGUGUUAUUCCAUUGGUCAAACUUCUAGAGACAUCAGUACCUAAUGUAGUACAAUCAGCAUGUUUUGCUCUUUCUAACCUAGCCAGAGAAUGUCCUGACAUUACACAGGAGAUAGUAGAUGCUGGAGUUAUUCCCCAUUUAGUAUCUAGGACACAGGACACUGAUGUUUCACCUAAAUUAAUCUCCGAGAUAGCGUGGGUUUUCGUUUAUCUUACAUCUACCAGUGGUGAAAACACAAAUCAGUUAGUAUCUAAUGGAGUAUUGAAGAAUUUAGUCAGAGUUUUAACCGAACAGUAUAAAAAUCAAGAUGUUACGGUAUUAACCCCAGUGUUAAGAUGUAUAGGAAAUAUUUGUAGUGGACCUGAUGAAUUCAGUAUCCAAGCAUUUGAAAAUCCUACUAUCGUACCAGCUCUUGUUGAAUGUUUAAAUUCAGAACAUCAUCACAUACCUAAAGAAACAUUAUGGGUUCUUUCUAAUAUGACUGGUGAAAAUAUAGUGUGUGAUAAAGUUAUCAAUGGACCCCUUCUAGAAUCUAUCUUAAAUAAACUCCAUUCUGCUUACGACACUAAAAUAGAGGCUCUAUAUUUACUGUGUAAUCUGGGUUGCCAUGGUAAAAAGGAAUGUGACCUAUUAUUAACUAAAGGUGUAAUGGAUACAAUACCAGGCAUGUUAAAGUCACAUGAUGUUGAAUUACUCAAUCUAGUUCUCAGUUUCUGUGAAAUGAUGCUCAGACUAUCUGAUGAGGCAAAAGAGAAGUUUGAAGCUAAAGAAGGUGUGGCUAGAUUAGAGGGACUGGAAUACCAUGCUGAUGAAUUCACACGAAAACAAGCCAACAAUUUACUGGAGACCUAUUUCUAUCUAGAUGAGGGUGAGGGAGAGGAAAAGGGAGAUGGGGAUACUACGGCUGCUGUUGUUAUGGAAUGA